GAUGUGACCCAGCCAGUGCUAGGUACUGGAUCUGUCGCUCGCCCUUUUCGAAUUGGCUUGACAAGCAUGCAACGGCUGGAGCGCUAUGUGGAUAUCCAGCGAGAUCCUGGUUUGCGUGCCAUGCUGCAUCUGGACAGCACGCACAGCAUUGUGAAGCAGAAAUAUCCAGUCUUUGUACUAGGUAUAUCGGAUCUAAGUGGUGGAUUCCACCCUAUCGUAUACUGCUAUACCUCACAACGCACAGGUGUUGACAUUUCGUGGAUACUAGCCUUUCUAAAACGUGUGGUCCUUCAAGAAUUUCGCGUCGUGUUUUGUCCUGCUUUCGUGAUGAUGGACGCAGACAAAGCGCAAUACAAAGCAUGCGUGAGCGAACUACCAGACAGCGUCAUCUUAAUGUGCUGGUUCCAUGUCACUCAGAAUGUGAUUAAACAUGCACACGAAGCAAGGCUGGAUGGGGUGUCGGUCCAGCUGAUUUUUCGCAAUUUGUACGAUUUGCACUUUGCCGCUGACGAGGCAGCUAAUCUGCGGAAGCGCGCUUUUGUCAUCGCGUCCUGGGAGGGCGCCAGUACUUUGUGUCCGCGAUUUAGGCGUGUUGCCAAUCACGUGAUUAAAAUGUGGCUAUUAAACCCGAGAUUUUCACGCUGGCAAGCAUACCACACGCCGUCCGGGUACGCGGCGACAAACAAUCCACUAGAGACUUACCACUACACGCUCAAGCUAGUCAACAACAGUAAGAACGCUACUCCGACCGAACUUAUUUCUCGAUUGGAUUUGUCGAGGAUUGGAUACGAAUCCUCAAUGGUGCCAUUUCAGCGGGCUUCCAAAGUUUCUAAGCGUCUGAAAGCUUCUUUUGUUGCAGCUGACAAAAAGAAGGUACUGUGUGCGUAG